AUGCUCUUCUGUCCGACGUGCGCCAACUGCCUGGUCAUCUCGCACGAUGACUCUGGCUCGAACAAGUGGGCGUGCAACACCUGCCCGUACGAGUUCCCAAUCUAUCGCCAGAUGACGACGCGGCAGCACCUCAAGCGCAAAGAGGUCGACGAUGUCAUGGGCGGCGAGGAGAGCUGGAAGAACGUAGACAGCACCGACGCGCCAUGCCCCAAGUGCGAGAACCCAAAGGCCUUCUUCAUGCAGCUCCAGAUCAGAAGCGCAGACGAGCCGAUGACCACCUUCUACCGCUGCACCAACGCAAAGUGCGCCUACCAGUGGAAGGAGAACUAG